AUGGCCACGCUUGUCUCAACUGGAUCUCCAACAGGCAAGAUGAGUCGCAAAUCUACCCCAACAGUCAAGGUCAGAGAGGAAAGUGAUGAUAGCUCUGCAGCCGUGGCAAACACGCUCACUAUGGCCACCAACUCUCACUCCGCAACUUCUAACCGUCCUUCCUACACUAUUUUGCACAGUGACAAGCUCAGCAACGUCCAGCCUCCAAAGGCAAAGGACAAGACCGUCUCCAAACCUUCUGAGCCCAACGUGAUGGGUGGCGGUGGUAUGGAAGACAUUCUCUCGCGCCUCAAGCUCAAUGACUCCCGUAAACCGACUGCUACCCCAACUGGCGAGGUCAAGUCGCGAAAGCCUGAUGAUUUCGGCAAUCUCGACAAGCUCCUGAACAAUCUCCAAGAUUCGAGCAAGGCUUUGAAGAAGCAAGAGCAGGAACUCAGAAGCGAGAUGCAAUCCGAGAACCACAAGGGCCACCCCUCCAGUGAUGACAGCUUUGAAGCUGCAAAGCCUACUCAACACUCAGCAAUUACGAGCAAGGUCGAUGUGGCCGAAAUGAUGCGUGUCAAACAGGAGCUCGAGGCUGCCCGAUCCGUCAUCUCACGCCAGGAACAGGAGCUCGCCGAGACCCGCACUCUCAAACAGACCAUCGAUCAAGCCAUGGGGCCUCCAUCUGAAGUCGACUUUGGUGCUUCCACUGAUAUCUCUGAACAAACCAUAGGUCACCUGCAAAGCGCUUUCAAUGCCUCUGCCCGUCCCUUCACAUCGCAGACCGACGCUUGGGCUAGUCAGGACGAACACCGCAACGAUUUCGUCCGUAGCCGGGGUAUCUGGAACAACCCGUCGACAUCCAUGACGAAUAUUUUGGCUACCAACCCUACUGCUCCAGCAUACAACCACCCUCGUGAUGCACGUCUCUCUGGACAGGCCUACAAUGGGGUCUACGGCGCACCCUUCUCCCCGGCAGAGACCAAUUUCCAGCCACGCAACUUCUCAGGUACUGGAGCUCCGCUGGGAUAUGACAUGAGGUCAAAUAGUGACAUGAUGCCAAUUAAUCCUACACUCAGCAUGAGACGCAAUGGUGGACAAUUGAGGAUCAACCCAAGCCUCGCUGACCCAAUGUCACAGCUUAGUAGCUUCCCGCCAACCGCUACCACGUUGACCCCCCCACCCAUCAGCCCUGUCGGGUUUCCAGGACAGUACAACUACCAACGAGGUAUCACCACCCCAAUCACUCCUGCCACAGACUUCAAUACCACCGGAGUUCAAAGUGCUGGAAAUCCAUGGCCUCUCUCGGCUGGUGGGGUGAAUGGCCAAACAUAUGUCACGCCCCUUGAGCCAAUGAACUAUCGCCGUCUCCUCGACAAGUCCGUGUCCUGUGAUUGGAAGUACAUUGUCGACAAGAUCGUUUGCAACAAUGACCAGCAGGCCAGCAUCUUCCUCCAGCAGAAGCUCAAGGUCGGUACCGCUGAACAAAAGUUUGAGAUUGUUGAAGCCAUCGUCAACCAAGCUUACCCACUCAUGAUCAACCGGUUUGGCAACUUUCUCGUUCAGCGAUGCUUUGAGCACGGAACCCCCGACCAGGUUGUUGCCAUUGCCAAUGCCAUUCACGGCAAUGUACUUUCCUUGAGUAUGGACCCCUUCGGUUGCCAUGUCAUCCAGAAAGCAUUUGAUUCGGUUCCAGAAGACCACAAGGCUGAUAUGGUUCGAGAAUUGCUUCGCCGCAUUCCGGAUACGGUUAUUCACCGCUAUGCUUGUCAUGUUUGGCAGAAGCUCUUCGAGCUCAGAUGGAGCGGAGAACCACCACAGAUCAUGCUCGAGGUCAACAAGGCGCUUCGUGGUAUGUGGCAUGAAGUUGCAUUGGGUGAAACAGGCAGCCUAGUUGUUCAGAACAUUUUCGAGAAUUGCAUCGAGGAGGAGAAGAGACCCGCAAUCGAAGAAGUGAUUGCCAACAUUGACCUCAUUGCCCACGGUCAGUUCGGCAACUGGUGCAUCCAGCACUUGUGCGAGCAUGGCUCUCCCCCUGACAAGCGCCGCGUCAUUGACCAUAUCCUUGCCAACUCGUACAGCUACAGCAUUGACCAAUUUGCUUCUAAAGUUGUCGAGAAAUGCCUCAAGAUCGGUGGGCCGGAAUUCUUGGAUCGCUACCUUGGAGUCAUCACCACUGCUCAUCCAGAUCGUCCACGCAUUCCGCUUAUCGACAUUGCUGGCGACCAAUAUGGCAACUAUCUGAUUCAAUGGAUCUUGAUGAACACUCACCACCAUCAGCGAGAGCAGGUGGCCAUCCACAUUCGAAAGCACAUGGUCUCCUUGCGUGGUUCCAAAUUUGGUUCCCGAGUCGCCAUGCUCUGCUGCAACCCGAACUCGGUCACUCGUCCUGGUCCCGGAGCUGUUGUCAACCCAUUCGGAGCUCCUGGUCAGCCACGCAACCAAUGGCCUCGUUUCCGCUAG